GGGUGACGGGAAUGUAACAGCUCAAAGCAGCCAGUUCCUCUGACUGCUCCGCUCUGUGAGAAAAGAGAGGAAUGAGAGAAAGAGAUCAGUAGCAGGGAGAAGAGCAAAGGUAGAAUUUUGGAGCUGCUGUGUUGUUCUGAAGGAUGGUCAGGCUAAUUCCUCAGUAUGUUGGGGAAAGCCGCGCACUGAUCUGAAGGUGACGGCUUCUUGGACUGCUACAGUGAGAUGGAUGUGGGCAGAGCUCUUCGCCAGCUCGGGUUCUGACGAACAGCCAGGCAACCGGUUCGGAGCAGCAGGGACCGAUCUCCAGAUCUGCAGAUGUGUGAAGCACAGUCAAGACCAACAUUUAUCGCCUGUGCCUAACUUCAGUUAGAGUCAUCUACUUUGGUGGUCUGGAGUCACAUACAAGGCAAAUCAAGGGUAUCCAUUGCUGGAUGAAUAAUACAGAGAACGUGAUCAGAAGCAAGUUUUCAGGAAGAAGUCCACUCCUUAUUCCAGAGAACUUCAUUUAAGACUACUGAGAUUGAUUUGUACUUUUGUCACCUUUGCCCCGAUUUCCGGAUCCAUUUGGACUUUGCGCAAAGAUUUUGUCUGUGCCAGUAUCAGCCCACUGAGACAGCGAUCAAUCGCUUCCUACAAAUGCUGAAUGAAGCAUAAUUCACAAGCACUGCCAGAAACCGCCAGCUCAUGGAGUGGGAUGCCAUUUGCUCGUAAAGUGUGGAUGAGAUCUUAGAGCCGGUGUAGCCCGCUGGAUCUAUCUUUACCACUUACAACAUGCAUUAAGAUGCCCUCUUGACACUUAAGAGAUUUUGCUUCCAAUUUUACUCCACCACACCCCCCUAUUAUCGCAAGAUUGCACCUUGAAGCACUCUUGAAGCUUGGGUGACAGCGUUAGGAUCAGCGGGGAAAAUGUUCCUGAAAGAGUACAUUUUUAUUAGCUUGGCAAUUGUUACAUUAGCUCAAGCAAUACCCUGGCAUGUCAGAUGCCCUGAUAUGUGUGUCUGUGAAAUUAAGCCUUGGUUUACCCCGAGGUCCGUGUAUCGAGAGGCACCAACAGUAGACUGUAAUGCUUUUUUCAUGUACAAAGUUCCUGCUAAUUUGCCUGAAGGAACACAGACGUUACUCCUACAGAGUAACAGGAUCAGCAAGAUCGAGCCAGGUGAGCUACAUCACCUGGUUAACCUGACAGAACUAGACCUGUCCCAAAACAGUUUCUCACAGAUUGAACACUUCAGCUUGACAAACAUGACUAACCUUCUGGUCCUUCAUCUGGAAGAGAACCAGCUGACUGACCUGUCAGAAAAAUGCUUCUCCGCUCUCACUAACCUUCAGGAACUUUACUUAAACCACAACCAGCUGAGCACCAUUUCUGCUGGAGCUUUCUCUGGGCUCGGGAACCUGCUCCGGCUUCACCUGAACUCUAACAGGUUGAGGAGCAUUAGAAGUGAGUGGUUUAAUGCUUUACCUAGCCUGGAGAUCCUCAUGAUUGGAGAGAAUGCUGUGGAGAAGAUCCAGAACAUGAACUUUAAACCUCUCGUUAACUUAAGAAGUCUGGUUCUAAGUGGAAUGCGACUGAAAGAAAUCUCAGAUUAUGCUCUUGAAGGUCUAGAGAAUCUAGAGAGCAUUUCCUUCUAUGAUAACAAAUUAUCCAAGGUUCCAAAGGUGGCCCUCCAGAAAGCCCCAGGUCUUAAAUUUUUGGAUUUGAACAAAAAUUUGAUUCAAAGGAUCCAACAGAGCGAUUUUACGGAUAUGCUCCAUCUUAAGGAGUUGGGGAUUAACAAUAUGGAGGAACUGACCUCCAUUGAUAAAUUUGCUUUGGACAAUUUACCUGAAUUGACCAAACUGGAAGUGACCAACAACCCAAAGUUUUCCUACAUUCAUCCCAAUGCGUUUCGGCUUGUUCCUCAGAUGGAAACUCUGAUGCUGAACAAUAACGCCCUGAGUGCCUUAUACAAAAAGACUAUCGAGUCCCUAUCUAAACUGCAAGAGAUCAGCAUCCACAACAACCCCAUCAGGUGUGACUGCGUCAUUCGCUGGGUGAACACUAAUGAAAACCGCAUUCGGUUCAUCGAGCCACAGUCAACGUUUUGUGUGGACCCUCCAGAAUUUAGCAGGCGUAAUCUGAGAGAUGUCCCAUUCAGAGAGAUGACAGACCGAUGCCUUCCUCUCAUUUCCUCAGAAGCCUUUCCCUCACAUCUCAGUGUUGAAAUGGAAGAAUCCCUUUCCCUUCACUGCCGAGCUUUUGCUGAGCCAGAUCCUGAGAUUUAUUGGGUCACGCCCUCCGGUGACAAGCUUUCAGCCUAUACUGCAUCAGACAAAUACAGGCUGUGCCCUGAAGGCACGCUGGAGAUAUUCAAUAUAAGUAUGGAUGAUGCAGGACUUUAUACCUGUGUGGCUCACAACCUUGUAGGAGCUGACUCGAAGAGUGUCACUAUCAAAGUGAGUGGGUUCUAUCCAGAAAAUGAAGACGACAUUCAGCUCUAUAUACGAGAAACAGAAGCCCACUAUAUCCUGCUGUCAUGGAUAAUCACCUCCAACAUAAUAUCGUCAAAUAUCUCUUGGUCACGUACACUGAGCAAUAGCAGCUUGAAUAUUGCCUUCUCGGCUCGGAUCCCUGCUGGCGUGCACAGUUAUAAUUUGACACGGCUGGAGCCGCUUGCCGAAUACGUGAUAUGUGUGCACGUGUCCCACGUCAGUCUCCACACUGAUGCGUCUUGCAUCAGGGGCAGGACCAAAGAAGCCCGCCCAGCAACCGCGAAGAGUGAGAUCAGGCCGCAGUUUCUAAUUGCCUUGACUGUCUGCGCGCUCUUUGUGGCAGUAAGCGUCCUGGCCCUCCGCAGGCUUGUGUCUGUCAGGCCGAAGGUGGUGGAGGAGCACCGGCCACUGUCCGUGAGCAUGCAGAGGAACCUGUCCACCUCGCUGCACCGUAUUUACCCUCUGUUCAUCAAGCACUGGGAACCUGGCAGCACCUCAGGCAAAACAGUAGCGGUAGAACUGCAAUCCACCCCACUGGGCUCUUCGAAUGCCGGCUACUGCAGCACCAUCUGAGACGAGGUCAAAGUGAGCCAAGGAGAAGUGGAACCGCAAGCCAAGCUAAUAAAGAGACACGUCUCCCCUUUCACUGUCCAGAUGAAAACAGACAAAAUGGGUCAAGGAAUCAAAUCUCAGCAGAAGAGGAAGUAGAUCCAGAUUCCAAUGAGUUCUUGUAGACAUAAGAGGGUGGCAUUUUUUUGGCAGUAAACCCUCCUGGUAGAAAUCUCCCUUCUCUGUGCAACCGAUGUCAAUGUGUUUGUUCUGUACAGGUUAUGAACUCUGUUAAUUGGAGACAUAUAUAGGAGUCUGGGAAAGAUAUUAAAAAAAAAACAGGGAUCUCACUGUAUCUGAUUUCUUAUGUAAAAAAAACCUUUGUGAUCAUGUCGAUAGAAAAUCUGUUUUUUUUUCGAGCUAGGCACUUGAAAAUCUGAAAGGAAAUCGAGAGCAGGUUUACAACAAUUUUAUACAGGAAGUAUGUGCAUAUUUUUCUAGGUUCAGACUGUAACGUCACACACCUUGCUUUGAGCUCCCUUCUGUCCUUCCGCAAUGCUCAGAGAGAGAGACGAGUCACGGAGCACCUUUGAGCACCGCAAUGAGUUUUGCAGUUUUGAGGCGACGCCAGUGUUUUGUAUCACUGCACCAUUUACCAACCUCAUUUUUUCUGUAGUUUUCCUGUACCUUCGGCCGUUACUGCACAAAACCAUAUGUGCAGAAACGCAAAGGAUUCAUGGAAGCGUUUCUUUUGAUUGCAGUAUUUUCUGAAUAAACCACAACAAAAAAAAAGUG